AAGGAAAAGGAAAAAAAGAAAAAAAAAAAAGAUUGCCCACCAUGAUAGUCGUCUUUUCCCCCCCCUUCCUCCCCAGAACAAACGAUCAUGAACAAUGAUCCCUCGUCUCUCCCCUUAUCUUCGGGUCGAUUCUACUCGCCACACUCCGCUCUUUAGGUCAAUCUAUGUCUGAUCGGCGCGAGCAAACAAACGCCCAGGCCCCAAUAAGCAUUCGCCGCCUCUCGUUCCUCUCGUUUCGCUUCACGCUAUCACCCGGACGGCCAUGUUACGCUCGUGAUACCCGUCCUUGCUCCCGUUGCUCCCGUCUUACCCACGCGUCGUCCUCGCUUCUCCUCUCCUUGGGAGUCUCUCGUUCUCGUGUUGACUCCUCAGCCAUGAAGUUUGCAAAGGAGCUCGAGCAAGAACACGUUCCUGAAUGGCGGGCCAAGUACCUCGACUACAAGGCUGGCAAGAAAAAGGUCAAGGCUGUCUCUCGUGCCUACCAUCGCGCACCACCCACGCCUUCCACCACAACCGGUGGAACCGUCAGUGCUAACCGAACGCCUUUCUCCGCCUCGAUCUCUGCCGCCAGCCGACCAUGGGAUCGUUCGCCCGCCCAGUCUCAGUCCAAGGCCCAGCCGCAUCUUCGCCUGCCCGACGAGACAACCCGUCUUCGCCCUCCGCAAACCAGCAGCUCCUCUCCCGGCCUGCCUAUUACUCACCCUCACAUACACAAACCGAACGAUGAUUCCGACCGCGCCGGCCAUCUGGGCAGCGGCACCCAGGUCCGGGAUAUGCAAUAUGGCAGCUUCGGUCUCACUCCCCACCUGCCUACCACACCUCAGUCCCUGGGCCGAAUUCAGUCGAACCGGUCGUUUGAGCUCCCCGGCCCCGCCAUCGGCGUGCCCUCCGACCCAGCCAGCCCGCGCGACGAUACCGGCCCCCUCAAUUACUCGCCCCGUCCCGACCGACGCCCUCGGCCCCCGCCACCCGAUCCGAAGCGAAGCAUGUCGGCAGCCGGUCUCCCGACCACCUCGCAUCUGACCCCUUCCCUCAGUCGGGCAUCAGAAUAUCUGCCUGCCACCGCCGGUACGCCUCCGGCCAUUUCGCCGCGUCACCGGCUUCAUCGCAUGAUCUCCGCCGCCCUACCCACCAAGUCCCCGCGCAUCGCCGACAUAGGAAUGCAGGUACUGGCCUUGGACAUCUUUCGCCAGAAAGAGAAGGAAUUCUUCGACUUUAUGGCCUCCGAACUCCAAAAGGUCGAGUCGUUCUACAAGCUGAAGGAAGACGAGGCCGGCCAGAGGUUGGUCGUCUUGGAGGACCAGCUACGGGAGAUGCGGAACCGCCGCGCCUUGCAAGUCAACGAAGAGAGACAGAAGCGAAAGCAGGGCCCGUCCAACGGCGACACCGGUGAGCCGGACGGUAAACCGACAGGCCCGGCCGCAGGCGCAGGCGCAGACCCAGGUUACUUGGACCAGGUCAAGUCGAAGAUCUUCCGCCCCGGUCCCAACUCGAGGGCCCUGUCCAGGAUGAUCCAGACACCCGUCCUUCACCCGCAGUCCCAACCCGGUCUAGAUCUCGGCCGAGACUACGUCCGCCGACCCGAGAGCACCCAGGGGCCCCCUUACAAGACGGCCAAGCGGAAGCUCAAGCUCGCCCUGCAGGAGCUCUACCGCGCCAUGGAGCUGCUCAAGUCGUACGCCCUGCUCAACCGCACCGCCUUCCGGAAGCUCAACAAGAAGUACGACAAGGCCGUAGAGGCCCGCUCCUCGAACCGCAUGCGUUUCAUGAACGAAAAGGUCAGCAAGUCCUGGUUCGUCAACAGCGAAGUCCUCGACCGCCACAUGAAGACCGUCGAGGACCUCUACGCCAAGUACUUCGAGCGCGACAACCACAAAAUCGCCGUGAGCAAGCUCAAGUCCCUGAUCAAGCGCCGCAAGGACGAAUCGAGCAGCUCCUUCCGGAGCGGCGUCUUCCUGGGCACCGGGCUCGUCUUUGCCGUCCAGGGCACGACUUUCGCCGUCCAGCUCCUCUUCGGCGACGACGACACCCUGGCCCAGCAGACCGCUUACCUGCUUCAGAUCUACGCAGGCUACUUCCUCAUGCUCUUCCUCUUCAGCCUCUUCGUCGUCAACUGCUACGUCUGGACCAAGAACAAGAUCAAUUACCCCUUCAUUUUCGAGUUUGACCAGCGCCACCAUCUCGACUGGCGCCGCCUCGCCGAGUUCCCCAGCUUCUUCCUCUUCCUGCUCGGCGUCUUCCUGUGGUUGAACUUUAGCCGCUACGGCUCGCCUGCUCUGUUCUUGUACUAUCCCGUCAUGCUCAUUGGCCUGUCGGUCGUCAUCAUCUUCCUCCCGGCGCCUAUCCUCGCUCCGAGCAGUCGAAGAUGGUUUGCAUAUGCUCAUUGGCGUCUUUUGCUCGCCGGCCUAUACCCAGUCGAAUUUCGUGACUUCUUCCUCGGCGAUAUCUACUGCUCCCUGACGUAUGCCGUUUGCAACGUCUCGCUUUUCUUCUGCUUGUAUGCAAACCACUGGGACGACCCACCCCAAUGUAAUUCUAAUCGUUCACGCUUGAUGGGCUUCCUCGCCGCGCUCCCGCCUAUCUGGCGGUUCUUCCAGUGUCUUCGUCGAUACAGAGACACGAGAAAUAUCUUUCCCCACCUUGUCAACGGUGGGAAGUAUUCAAUGUCCAUCAUGACGGCCGUCAGCCUUUCAAUUUAUCGCAUUCAAGGAAGCCGCGGCAACUUGGCCUUCUUCCUUGUCUUUGGCCUAAUUAAUGGCCUUUAUACAUCUGUCUGGGAUUUAUUUAUGGAUUUUUCUCUACUCCAACCAAAUGCGCAUCAACCUCUCCUACGCGACAUCACAGCGCUUAAGAAGCGCUGGGUAUACUACGUAAUCAUGGUGGUUGACCCCGUCCUCCGCUUCGCCUGGAUCUUCUACGCCAUUUUCGCCCACAACCGCCAGCACUCCACCAUCGUCUCCUUCCUCGUCGCCUUCGCCGAAGCCUUUCGCCGCGGCAUCUGGGCCCUCCUCCGCGUGGAGAACGAACACUGCUCUAACGUAGCCGUGUACAAAGCCUACCGCGACGUGCCCCUGCCGUAUCGCCUCCGGCGGCCCCUCGUCGAGCGCCCGUCCGAAGAGGAAGAGGAAGAAGAAGAAGGAGAAGAGGCGGUGGCACCCGAGGCGGAGGGAAUAUCUCCCCGCCCCGAGGGAGAACGCAGGCGGGUACCUGUAACUGGCGAGGCGGAGGCGACGGGCGUGCAGCGGGCCGGGUUGUACGCCAUACAGGACGAGGAAGCGGCGGCUGGCCUUGCCGCAGGCGUCGAGCCACCUGAACGGCCGAGCACGCUCAGGCGGCGCAAGACGGUCGAGCCGAUGAGGCCGGUGCGGAGAUUCUCGCGCAUCUUGGCCGAUGCGCAUCUGCAGGACUUUGAGAAGAGGAGGAAGCCGACGAAGGGGGAUGCCGAGGGAUCGGAAGAAGUGGAACAUAGAAGCGCGCAUAGCGAUGACGACGACGAUAUAGACGAAGAUGAGCUGGAUAUAGAUGCGGAGGAUGAGGAAAACGGGAUACACGGGGAUGGAUUUUGGAGGUCGAAUGAUGGGGGACAUGGAGGUGGUGCUUCGGGGGCCUAAAAGGG